CGCGAGAGUUCGUCGGACGAACGCCGGAAGCAGCUAGUUGCUCCUGAGCGGCCGAAGGGGCGGGCUCGAGGGCUGGAGUGUAAGCGGCUCGCGGCUCGCUCGGCGGUGCAAGAUGGCGGACAUCUCCCUGGACGAGCUCAUCCGGAAGCGCGGAGCUGCGACGAAGGGGCGUCUCAAUGCCAGACCAGGAAUUGGAGGUGUUCGAUCUCGUGUUGGGACCCAGCAGAGCCUUCUCAGCCAGCCAGCACGCACAGCCACCUUCCAGCAGAGGUUUGAUGCCCGGCAGAAGAUCGGCCUCUCGGACGCCCGGCUCAAGCUGGGAGUCAAGGAUGCCCGGGAAAAGCUUCUGCAGAAAGAUGCUCGGUUCCGGAUCAAAGGGAAAGUGCAGGACGCCAGAGAGAUGCUGAACUCCCGCAAGCAGCAGAGUGCGGGGCCCCAGAAGCCCCGCCAGGUGGCUGAUGCCCGGGAGAAGAUCAGCUUGAAGCGGAACUCCCCAGCCGCCUUCAUGAGUCCGCCCAUUGGGACAGUGACCCCUGCCCUGAAGCUCACCAAAACCAUCCAGGUUCCACAGCAGAAGGCCAUGGCACCCCUUCACACCCAUCCUGCUGGAAUGAGGAUCAAUGUUGUCAAUAACCACCCGGCCAAGCAGAAUGUAUACGACCUGGAGGACGAUGAUGACGCUGUAGCUCCCAUUCCCAGUAAACAGAUGAAAUUUGCAGCCUCAAGCAGCUUUCUCCACCACGUGGCCGGGCUGAGCAGUUCCAAGUUCUCCGUGUCCAAGGCCCUCCCUCUCACCAAAGUGGUUCAGAAUGAUGCAUACACAGCUCCUGCCCUCCCCUCCUCUGUUCGAACAAAAGCCUUGACCAACAUGUCUCGGACGCUAGUGAACAAGGAGGAGCCUCCCAAAGAGCUGCCGCCUGCUGAGCCUGUCCUCAGCCCCUUGGAAGGCACCAAGAUGACAGUGAACAAUCUGCACCCUCGAGUCACUGAGGAGGACAUCGUGGAGCUUUUCUGUGUGUGUGGAGCCCUCAAAAGGGCUCGGCUGGUCCAUCCUGGGGUAGCAGAGGUGGUCUUUGUGAAGAAGGAUGAUGCCAUUACGGCAUAUAAGAAGUACAACAACAGGUGUUUGGAUGGGCAACCAAUGAAGUGCAACCUUCACAUGAAUGGGAACGUUAUCACCUCAGACCAGCCCAUUCUACUACGGCUGAGUGACAGCCCCUCAGUGAAAAAGGAGAGUGAGUUGCCUCGCAGGGUGAAUUCUACUGCCUCCAACCCUCCUGCCGAAGUGGACCCUGACACCAUCCUGAAAGCGCUCUUCAAGUCCUCAGGGGCCUCUGUGACUACACAGCCCACAGAAUUCAAAAUCAAACUCUGAGCAGGGGAGUGAGGCAGCCAGGAACAGGGGCAGAGGAGGGUGGCUCUGUUUCCUAAAGCGAAGCUUGUGACCAAUGGGCCGUCGGACUGGAGGCCCCUGAGCGUGGGAAGGGCCGCCAGGGGUAGAGAGCUUCCUCGCUGGACGGAACCCACCUUUCUGUGUUGUGUUCUGCCCUCUGCUCCUCUGUGCGUUAAUGUUCCCUGUAGUCUGUCUCUUCUCCCUCCACCUCAUCACCAGGGUAGGCUUGUGUGGCUCAGAGCGUCUCUACCCCUAAUUUGAGCCCCUAAUUUGAACUGAUUCCUUGUCUGAAAAUGAUACCCUAAAUUCUCUGGGUGGCUUUCGUGUGGCCCCAUGGAGUGCAGGGAAGGGCCUCUUUGAAGGACACUUUUUUUCUCCAGGAGGCGAGGAGUUGCCUCCCCUUUCUUGUUUUUAAACUUUCAAGCGGAGUGAGGAAGGGCGCCCCUGCCAUCCUAGCGGAAGCCAGGUCCGCUCCGGAGCUGGGCCGCUCACCUGCCUGGUCACUGCAGGCGGCCUGGGUGCUCUCACCGCGACUGGCUCUAGACCCGUGUGGUCGGGAGGGGCCACGCGGCAAGGGCGGUGGGGGGUGCUGCUGCGCCACUAGGAAGAGCCUUCCCGGCCCUUGGCUUCGAGGGUCUGUGCCGUCUCAGGUGACUUGGUAACUUCUCGAGUUCACGGUUCCCAUUCUUUGGGUUAUGCCUAGUGCCCCGCCCCAGCUCUCAGCCUUCUCAGUAUCGUUGCGGGCAGGGGCUGGCCACCUUCCCAGUGCUCACCUGGCACGGCACCCUUCAUACCUUGGGUGCAAACGCCAGCUCUCCACUAGUUGGGUUUGUCUUGUUUUUUUAUAUAAAGGUCUGGCUACUAUUGUUCUGUGGCACUGAGGGUCUGGGGGAUUAUUUGAAUGGGAGUAAUGUCUUGCUCCUGGCUUUUUCUGGCCUCAGAUGCCUACAGGACAAUGGGGAUGCUGAGAGAGGCACAGAUCCAGCCACCACCAAGGGGCACUGUUCCCAUUGUUGGGAGUGACCCAUCCAUUCGUGACCAGAGGGGUCUUUUCCUGCCUUGGCAGUGAAGGGCACGGGAGUGGUGGGUGGCCUUGGUGGCGGGGGGGUGGGGGGUGGGAGGGGUGGGGGGUGUUGAGAGAGCAGAGCAGCCCUUCCAGGCAAGCUGGUAGGUUGUUCCCUCGGCGUGGUUCCAGGCAGUUGGGGCAGAACUGUAGCCCCCAGGGGCAGCCCCUGAAUACCAGGACAGCAUGGCUCCAGGGGCAUUCUCCGUCUCCGCUGCCGCUUUGUUGGGACUUUGAGGGAAUCCAGGCUGGCAGAGCUGGAGCGAGCUGGGCAGCAGGGCUCUGGAGCGCUACAAAAUCCGUGGCGAGUGCUGUGAAAGGCACAAGUCUAGGAAGUAAAGGGGACCUGAGGCACUAAAGAGUCUUUCAGGGCCUGCUUGGGGCCAGCCCAGUUCAGGAGAAUCGGAAACUCCUGUUUUCAGAGUUGUGUCGGUAAGCGGGAAGGACUCAGGCUGUGAACACUGUGCAGCCCUCCAGCUCUGAGGUUCCUUGGGCCUUAGGAGUCCAAGGAAUGUACCUGACGGUGCCCCAGCUUCCAGUUCUCUAAAGGAUGCUGCUUUUGUUCCUUUCUUCCCUUCUCCCCACUUUGCACGGGUGCAAACUUAGUUCUCCUCAGCAGCUGGAAGACAUUCCUCCUACACUUUCCCCUUCUUGAUCCAUGAGAGCACCCACAAGGCAGUAGGACCUGGUUUUUCAGGUACUGGGGACAGUCGGAUCACUCCUUGGACUCUGCUUCAAGUAGGGAUGGUAAAUCGCCUGCCUGCAUAUGGCUUCACCCUCCCCCCCCCCCCCCCCCCCCCCCCCCCCCCCCGCCAGUCCCGGGCCAGGUGCUCCGGUGAUCACAGAGUUCACGGAGCCCAGCUGCAGCCUCUUGGCCAUCUGGGCCCUGUCCUCCAGACAGCCGUGUGGUCCUUCGCAGGGUGGAGCCUGUUGGCCUCCCCUGCUUCGUAAGGUGUCGUCAUGGGAAAUGGAAGAGAAGGUGAUGGGCCCAUCCUUGUGUCCCUCCACAUUCCUCACGUGUAUCUCUUGUUCAGAAGGAGAGGAAGAGACAUGAAGGGAUAGAGGAGACUGUAUGUUACUUACCCAUUUCUGAAUAAAUAUUUGUUAUUCCUA